AUGGCAGUGAGUGCGACGACGGGGGUGUUGAACCCGCUCCUCGGCAAGCUCAGCCAGCUGCUCGGCGAGGAGUACAAAAAGCUCAAAGGGGUCAGGAAGCAGGCCUCAUUCCUCAAGGACGAGCUCAGCGCCAUGAAAGCUCUGCUUGACACCAUGGAACUCAUGGAUAACCUCCAUCCAUCCGCCAAGAAUUGGAGGGACCACAUCAGGGAGAUGUCCUAUGAUAUGGAGAACUGCAUUGAUGAUUUCAUUCAUGACAUUGAAGGUGCCAAAGCAAAGAAAGGCUUCGCCAGGAAGAUGGCUCAAUGGCUCAAAAGGUUGGGGAGGCGUCAUCAGAUCGCCAACCGGAUUGAGGAGCUCAAGGUUCUCGCGGUGGAGGCGAAUGCUCGGCGUGAGAGGUACAAUAUUGAUGCUUGCAUCAAUUCGAGCCCUGGCCCUGUGGUUGUGGAUCCCCGGAUUUCGGCCAUUUACAAGGAGGCGGCAUGCCUCGUUGGUAUUGAAGGCCCGAGAGAAGAGCUAGUCAAUUUGUUGAUCGAUUCUCAGAAGAAACUCAAAGUGGUUUCCAUCGUAGGGUUUGGAGGUUUGGGUAAAACUACACUUGCCAAGCAAGCGUAUGAUGAGAUUACAGGGCAAUUUACAUGCAAGGCAUUUCUCUCAGUCUCCCAAAGGCCAGAUGUGAAAAGCCUUCUUACUAGCCUACAGUUAAAGCUUGGGAUGGAAGAUUCUUCUCAUGCUUACGAGUUGCAAGAUAUUAUUGAUCGCCUUAGACAACACCUCAGCCAUAAGAGGUACUUAAUUAUAGUUGAUGACUUGUGGGAUCAAUUAGCAUGGAAUACUAUUAGGUGUGCCUUUCCAGACAAUGCUAAUGGAAGUAGAGUAAUGGUAACCACACGAUUGGAUGACGUAGCUGCCACAGCAUGCUUGGGUGAUCGUGCAUGCAUUCACAGUAUGAAGCCACUUGAAGAGCAGGACUCAAGAAGAUUAUUUUUUAGUAGAGUAUUUGGGCCCGAAAAUGUUUGCCCACCACAGUUUAAAGAAAUUUCAGCUCAAAUUCUCAAGAAGUGUGGCGGAUUGCCACUUGCAAUUAUCACUGUAGCUGGCCUACUAGCUAGCCAUGAAGCAAGACCAUUGAGUGAAUGGGAGAGUAUAAAGAAUUCUCUUGGUGCCAAGUCUGCCACAAAACCCACCUUGGAAGAGAUGAGGGGCAUACUGAACCUUAGCUUCAUGCAUCUUCCUGUUUAUCUUCGGCCAUGUUUUUCGUAUCUUGGCAUGUAUCCAGAAGAUCGUGAGAUUGAGAGGGAAGACCUGGUUCGGCAAUGGAUAGCCGAAGGCUUUGUUUGUAGUUCACACGGAUCAGAUUUGAAUGAUGUUGCGGAAAGUUAUUUCAACGAGCUUGUCAAUAGAAGUAUGAUUCAGCCAAGAAGAACAUAUUAUGGGCAGGUACUUUCUUGCAGAUUACAUGAUAUGAUGCUUGAUUUGAUCCUAAGCAAGAGUACAGAAAAUAAUUUUAUCAGUGUAGCAUAUAACUAUGAAGACAUGUCAACUUUGCACAGUUGCGAGAACAAGGUUCGUCGAUUAUCCCUCCAAUCGAGUGCCGGUGGUGCAACAUCGGAUACCCUUACUACUAGCAUGCCACAAGUUCGAUCAUAUGCAUGGUUUGGAGAGUCCCAAUACACCCCUCCCCUUUCACAGUUUAAGUAUCUACGGGUGCUUACCUUUGAGUUUCCUUAUUAUUGGAAAACGACAGUUGACCUCACUGCAAUCGGUCAUUUGUUUUUAAUGAGAUAUUUGAAGGUUUUAGCAUUAUUAGCAGGCGUAGCGCUCCCAGCAGAAAUUCAAGGGCUUGUGCAUUUGCAAACUCUGGAUAUCUCAUGCCAGCCGACACAAAGCUUUCCUUUAGACAUAAGUUGUUUGGCCAACUUGUUUCAUCUGAAUCUUCCAAGGUGUGUAGCGCUGCCUGAAGGGAUCAAGAAGAUGAAAUCAAUCCGCACCCUACGUUGUUGGGACAUGUCGAAGAGUUUGUUGAAUGAUAUCAAAGGCCUUGGUGAGCUGACCAAUCUAAGGGAAUUGGACUUAAGCACGCAUUAUAACAAGUGUUUGACAUUGGAACAAGAGGAUGCUUUGGUCUCCUCCUUCGAAAUGCUCCGAGACCUCAAGCGCCUUCAUCUCAAUUGGAAGCGUGGAUGCAGUGACCCUGACAGCCAGCUAGACUCCUUACAUGAUCCUCCUCCCCGUCUCGAGGAACUCUAUCUGCCACAAUGGGAGUUCAGAAGAGUUCCCAAAUGGAUUGGUGAACUAUGUUGCCUACGGAUCCUCGACCUGCAUGUGUUGCACCUGUCGAGUGAUGAGGUUCGUGUUCUUGGUGAGCACCCCUCCCUCGUCUAUGUCAAGCUCUACGUGUCGGAUGUCUCCCAACACAAAGUUGUGGUUGGGAUGGGGUUGUUCCCAGUUCUGGAGCACUUUUGGUUUUGGUGUGACAAAGAUGUCAAUAUGUAUCUGAGCUUCGAGGCAGGAGCUAUGCCCAAGCUACAAAAACUCACCUUGGAAUUCUGUUGUGAAGAGUGGAGAGGCGCUACACCAGCCGGCCUGGAGUGCCUGCCCUGCCUCCAGCACAUCCACGUGCAUGUCAACCUGUACGUGCUCAAGUCAGACAAAAAUCCCAAAGAUGUACGUGCUGAUGUCGAGUCUGCUUUCAAGAGCGCCGCAAUUUUAUUUUUCAAGGGGGGCAUUUCGAUCAGGGCAUCUUAA